GGCCGUGGCGUGCUGGUGGUGGAGUGUGUCUGUCUUUGGGGAGGGUGGAGUUUGGUCAGAAGUGCUUUGCGCGUCCACGGAGUUGAUGAAUUUUGGGACUGUGAAGACAGACUGAAGUGAUGCUGGUCAUAGUUGGGAUGCAGGAGAUGUCCCUCUGAGCUCCCCUUUCUGUUAUGUAUAGGGCUGCUCACCAGGGACUGGGUUCUAGUGCCAUUUCUAAUGGCUUCUCACAUUUAACUUGCUGAAGGGCGUCUGCAUUUUUAAUUCUGUCAUCAGAUAGAGGUAGUUGAAUUUUCUUUGUUAUGUGUGAGGAAAGGUCACGGUGUGUUAGUGUUUGUAUCAGAUAAAGAAAGACAGGAAAAGAUAAAAUAAUUUUCCUACCCAGUGAAGUUGUAUAUGCUUUUGUUAAAUUUAUAGUAGAACAGAGUUUCUUGAGAAACACAAUUGUUUCAGAAAGACAGUUUAAAAAUUUCCAAUGAUAAUACAAGUAAAUUUGUUAUUUAGAUAAAACAGAAGCUGUAACGUUAGACAGUCUUGUUAUUUUUAAAACAAAGAUGACAUUUUGUUUUCUCAUGGUCUGUGAUUUUUGUGCUUAAAUAUUUUACUUGCCAGGUUUAUUUUAUUAAAACUUUGCCUUGCAUAGCCAGUUCUGAGAUAUACAGUCUGAGGUUCGUUGUUUAUGGCAUCUUGUGCUGUUUAAUCUCUUCCAGAAAAUACAAGGCAUUCCAUUCCGCCUCCCUGCUUAUAAGUGGGAAGGGACUCUGUUGUAGGACUAGACUAUCUAUACCAUGUUAUCCAGAAGUAGUCAGGCUCCUGUUGAAGAUGCCGACCUUACUGGCUUCUUUCUCUCAGCAGGCUCUUCUCCCAUGUCCAUAUCUAGGUGAUGCUCUUCUCUGUAGAAAAUGGAUCAUGGCCAGUGGUUGAUACCUGUGGUUGACCAUGCACUGGCAGCAAGUCUCUAGGACAGCUUGGUUGAUUGAUAAAGCCUCGCUUGGCCCACUUGUUGGGCGAGCAGUUCUUCAGCACUGAUGGCUGCAUGUGGCAGGGAAGCCAGUCCACCACAGACCCUAACUGAUUGGUCGUUUUUGUUCUUAUAUUAGUAGUCAGUGUUAGCUUGUUGUUGGCUGGUUGCUGGGGUUGAGUAUUCUAAGAUCAGUUGCCUUUUGCCUCAUGCUUGCAAGAUGGUUUUCACAUCACACCUGGUUUUUGGGAAGGGUGAAAAAGAAGGAAGAAGGAAGGUUGGUCUGUAUCAGAAGCAUUCUUAAGACUUUUGUGUAAGUGUAGAUCUAGUAGGCUACAGUUUUUACAUGGUUUCCUUCCACUGAUAAGUAGGUGUAAGCAGAUGAUCACUUGUGGUUCAGCUCUUGGGUGGCAAGGAGUAAAAGAGUAUACUGGCUUCUGAUCUUUCAGUAAGUAACUGUAGAGGGAAACAUCUCGUGUCUGUCCAGCCACUAGCUAUUCAGCGGGCCACUGGACUGUUGACUAGAGCCAGGCCCUUCACUGGGUUUAGGGGACCAGAGGGAUGCAGAGACAUUUUUCUAACUAGAAAGUCCAGUCUAAUAUGACUAGAAGGCAGAACAAAAGCGGCCGUGAAACUGAGUGCUGAUUCUUUAGUAGAAGCGUUCUCGGUGUUAGCUUUCUGUCCCUGUAACCAAAUAGUUUCGGUGUUAGAGUCGAGGGAAGGUUUACCUUAGCCAGUUCCUGAGGCUUCAGUGCAGAGUCGGCUCCACUGACCUCUGCGGUGAGGAGUUCAUGAAGGUCUGUCAGCUGCCCAGCGGAAGUUUGCUCACUCUCUCAGAGACUUCAAGUUUGAGUUUAUCGGGGAUGCUGAGACUGAUGAUGAACGGUGCAUAGAUGCCUCCUUACGGGAAUUUUCUAACUUUCUGAAGAAUCUGGAAGAACAGAGAGAAAUCAUGGCAUUAAGUGUGACUGAAACCCUGAUUAAGCCCUUGGAGAAAUUCAGAAAAGAGCAACUUGGAGCUGUAAAGGAAGAAAAAAAGAAGUUUGACAAAGAGACGGAAAGGAAUUACAGUCUAAUCGAUAAGCACUUGACCCUGUCUGCCAGGAAGAAGGACACGCACUUGCAGGAGGCUGACCUCCAAGUGGAACAGAACCGGCAGCAUUUCUACGAGCUCUCUCUUGAAUACGUGUGUAAGCUCCAGGAAAUCCAGGAAAGGAAGAAGUUCGAGUUCGUGGAGCCGAUGCUGUCCUUUUUUCAGGGAAUGUUCACUUUCUAUCAUCAAGGUCACGAGCUUUCCAAAGACUUCAACCACUACAAGACAGAACUACAGAUCAACAUUCAGAAUACACGGAAUCGAUUUGAGGGAACCAGGUCGGAAGUGGAGGAACUUAUGAAUAAAAUUAGACAAAACCCCAAGGACCAGAAGCGAGCCAGCCAGUUCACAGCAGAAGGGUACCUGUACGUCCAGGAAAAAAGACCUGCUCCAUUUGGGUCCAGUUGGGUCAAACACUACUGCAUGUACCGGAAAACAGCCAAGAAAUUCAACAUGAUUCCCUUUGAGCACAGAUCUGGGGGGAAACUGGGGGAUGGAGAGGCGUUCUUUUUGAAAGAAUGCACCAAAAGGCAUAUUGACUCCACUGACAGAAGGUUUUGCUUUGACAUCGAAGCCGCCGACAGGCCUGGCGUCCCCUUGACCGUGCAGGCGUUUUCAGAAGAGGAAAGGAAGCAGUGGUUGGAAGCUCUGGGUGGAAAAGAAGCUUUGUUCCACACUUUUAAUAGAGCCAUCGUCCCAAGACCAGAAGGAGGUGCACAGUUGGAUAAGAUGGGAUUCACAAUUCUCAGAAAGUGCAUCAGUGCUGUUGAGACACGAGGUAUAAAUGACCAAGGACUGUACAGAGUUGUGGGGGUGAGUUCAAAGGUCCAGAGACUUCUGAGUAUGUUGAUGGAUGUAAAAACGUGCAAUGAGCUGGACCUGGAGAAUUCCACAGAUUGGGAGGUGAAGACAGUAACAAGUGCCUUGAAGCAGUAUCUGAGGAGUCUUCCAGAGCCUCUCAUGACCUAUGAGUUACAUAGAGACUUCAUUGUUCCGGCCAAAAGUGGCAGCCCAGAAUCCCGUGUCAGUGCCAUCCACUUCUUGGUACACAAACUGCCAGAGAAGAAUAAGGAGAUGCUGGAUAUCUUGGUGAAGCACCUAACCAAUGUGUCAAGUCACUCGAAGCAGAAUCUAAUGACAGUGGCGAAUUUAGGAGUGGUAUUUGGACCCACUCUGAUGAGACCACAGGAAGAGACUGUUGCGGCCAUUAUGGACUUGAAGUUUCAAAAUAUCGUCGUAGAAAUCUUAAUCGAAAACCACGAAAAGAUUUUUCGGACCUCGCCUGAUACCACAUUUGCUGAGCCCACAUGCCUGUCAGCGUCACCCCCAAACGCUCCACCACGACAGUCCAAGAGACAAGGGCAGAGGACGAAGAGACCAGUGGCUGUGUACAACCUUUGUCUUGAACUGGAGGAGGGUGAUAGUCCCAGCCCUCUCAAGGAGGAUCCCCCCAGCAGCAGUCAGGAUUCACUGUCCACUCCGUCUCCUACAACUUCAGCUGCCCAUGGGCCUCCGGGACCAGACGGAAACCACCUUGCAGCAGACAGAGGGAACUGUGGAGACGCCACUGCCACUACGCCAAGCCAGACCCGGCCAUCCAUGGUGCAGUGGCUGAAUAUGCAGUCUCCCACCACACCAAGCUCCAACCCAGCUGGGACACCUCCUUCACCCAGGAUGUCACCAUUCCCCCUCUCUCCUGCUGCCUCCAUUGUAGACAAGCUGCCUGAAUGUAGAAGCUGGGUCUUGCAUGCCUCUCAGUGGGGCAGAAAGUUCUGUAUAAAGAAGACUACAGAAGGCAUGGCAGCUGCUUCCGGAGUGCUGUGGGUACACAGGCAUCAUAGCCUUAUCAACCGCAAGGCCCGUGCAGUGUACCCGUGUGAGGCAGAGCAUAGCUCGGAAUUGUCAUUUGAAAUAGGAGCCAUUUUUGAGGAUGUUCAGACCUCAAGGGAACCCGGAUGGCUGGAAGGGACCCUGAACGGCAAGCGAGGGCUGAUUCCACAGAAUUACGUCAAGCUACUGUAGUCCCUGGCCAUGGGGGCUCCUGCUGAUCCUAGCACCCCAAGCACCAGCCUGGAAAUGGCACCCAAAUGCCACGUUUACGCUUAGGAUCUUCGGUCACCACAGGCACUCCAGGGCUAGGGAGGGGAUGGAACUUGCCACCUAGGACGAUGCAGAUGUGGGUGUAAGCAGAGCGUGGCCCUCGUUGGUGGAGAGGAUGCUCACCUAACAGGCACUGGGGAUUGUGAUCUUUAAUUCUCCAGCCCGUGGGACAGAGAGGGCAGUCCUCAUUGGCGACCUCGCUGUCCACACACCUGCUGUUGGGUUUUCAGGGGGGGCUGUGCUAUUUUCAAAUGUCCGGAGCACAUGUGACCUUGUGGGUGCCGGGGGCUUGGUCCCAACCUGGAGGGAAGCAGAGAGAAGCUCUUCCAAGCCUGUGCCUUCCUGCCUGCCUCUCCUGGCCCCCAGGGCCUGCUCACUGGCAGCUGCAUGUGCUUCAACAGCCUUUUCCAGGUGCUCACCGGAGUGCUGUUUGCCCUAUGUCACCUCACUGCCACAAGGCCCCUCUGUACAUGAAAUAAAAUGUAAUUUACUA